UGUCAUCAAUCAUCAUCAAGCUCGUCCCCUCGGAGUUUUCUUCCUUCUCAGAAACGAACGUACAUUUUCUUACAGACGAAACAAAACAAUACGAACAAACUGGAAUUUUUCCCUCAAAUUUAAACAAAUCUCUUCAUCAUCCUCCCUGUUACUAUGUAAUCCUUCAAGUUAUAACAAAAAAGAAGCGCAAUUCUCAUAAAUGGCUUCUACUUCGAUCAUGGACACCCUUUUCCAGCGCAAUCUCGAUGACUUAAUCAAUGGCUUUCGCCGAAACCCGGUUAAAGAAUCCCUGUUCAUCUCCAAAGCCCUUGAAGAGAUUCGUCACGGGAUCAAAUCUACAGACCUUCACACCAAAUCAGCCGCUCUUCAGAAACUCUGUUGUCUCAACUCUCUCCACGGAAACGACAUGUCGUUUGCUUGUUUUCACGCCAUUGAAGUCAUGUCGUCCCCGCAAUUCCUCCACAAGAAAAUUGGCUACCAUGCCGUCGCUCAAUCGUUCCACGACGACACCCCGGUAAUGCUCUUUAUCACCAACCAGUUACGUAAAGACCUGAAUAGUCAUAAUCACUAUGAAGUGAGUUUAGCUCUUGAAUGUUUAGCCAGAAUUGGAAAUGUUGAUCUUUGUAGAGAUUUAACUCCUGAAGUUUUUACAUUGUUGUCUACUAGUAAAGCUUUUGUUAAGAAGAAAGCUGUGGCCGUUGUUUUGAGGGUUUUUGAGAAAUACCCAGAUGCUGUUAGGGUUUGUUUUAAGCGUUUAGUUGAUAAUUUAGAGAGUUCGGAUGCAAUUAUUGUGUCUGCCGUUAUUGGAGUGUUCUGUGAGCUUAGUUUGAAAGACCCCAGAUCUUAUUUACCGUUGGCGCCAGAGUUUUAUAAGAUUUUGGUUGAAUCACAGAAUAAUUGGUCGUUGAUUAAGGUGCUGAAGAUAUUUGCUAAGUUGGUGCAGUUAGAGCCUAGGUUGGCAAAGAAAGUUGUUGAGCCGAUAUGUGAGCAUAUGAGGAGUGGCGCAAAGUCUUUGCUUUUUGAGUGUAUUAGGACUGUUGUAAGUAGUUUGAUUGAGUAUGAUUCUGCGGUGAAGCUUGCAGUCACAAAGGUUACGGAGUUUCUGGUUGAUGAUGAUCCAGAUUUAAAGUAUCUUGGGUUGCAAGCACUUUCAAUUAUUGCACCGCAACAUUUGUGGGCGGUGUUGGAAAAUAAGCAUUUUGUGGUUAAGUCUAUGAGUGAUGGGGAUUUUAACAUAAAGCUUGAGUCUUUGCGCCUUCUGAUGGCAAUGGUGUCUGAGAACAAUGUGGUUGAAGUAACAAGGGUUUUAGUUAAUUAUGCACUUAAAUCUGACCCUGAGUUUUGUAAUGAGAUUCUUGGUUCAAUUUUAUGUACUUGUUCUAGAAAUGUAUACGAGGUAAUUCUUGACUUUGAUCGGUAUGCAUCACUUCUUGGGGAAAUGGCAAGAAUCCCACAUUGCCAAAAGGGAGAAAAAAUUGAGAAUCAGCUAAUUGAUAUUGGUUUGAGGGUCAAAGAUGUUAGACCUGAGCUUGUUAGUGUUAGUUGUGAUCUUCUGAUUGAUCCUGCAUUACUUGGUAAUCCAUUUGUACAUCAAAUAUCAUCAGCAGCUGCUUGGUUGUCAGGGGAGUAUGUUGAGUUCUCUAGGAAUCCAUUUGAGCUAAUGGAGGCACUAUUACAACCUUGUACUACUCUCUUGCUGCCCUCCAUAAGGGCUGUGUUCAGUCCGCUUUUAAAGUAUUAACCUUUUGUGUACAAUCUUAUCUCAUAGGCAGAGGAAAUAGCAGUUCCUCAUGACAAUCUAUCUUUGGGAAUUCCAGGAACAAUAUCUGUAAGGAAGUGCCCUGAAAGUUCAGAUUUAGCAACAUCAAAAUCUCCUGCCCAUUAUGAAAAGGAUAAAGAGUUUGAUCUGAGGGAUGUAAAUCAAUUAUUUGAAGAUCUUUCUAUAGAAAAUGAAAAGGAUAUAACUUUUUCUAUUGGUUAGGCAUCUACUUCUGCUUCUUUAGUCAGUAACAGUUUCAGGCAAGAAUCUAUUGUUAACUUGUUAAAUCUAGUUGAAUUUGCCUUGGGGCCACUCUCCACGAACCAUGAUGUAGAGAUAUAAGAGAGAGCAAGGAAUAUAUUUGGUUUAAUUGAUUUGAUAUAGCAAGAAGUACUGAAUCAUAUGGUCCAAGGUGAAGAGAUUGUGGCGAGGGAAGAAACUGUACCUUAUAGUGUGGUGAAAUUGAUGCAUGAUUCCUUUUCUAAGGAGCUGGGCUCGGUCUCAUCCAGUGCUCAGGCAAGGGUUCCUGUACCAGAGGGGAUAAGGCUUAAUGCAAAUCUUGCUGACUUGGAAAUGGUCUGUGGUGAUGUGCAAUCACCUUUGUCAGGUCCAUUUUCUCUUGCCAGUGUUCAAUAUGAGGAAAUAGUUGGUGUUUCCCCAUAUUACAUCCAGAGCAAAGAUGAAUUGGAACCAUCAAAUGAGUCCACUUCUCUGCUUGCCAAACACCGCAAGCGGGAUGACUUGUGUUAUCUUCCUUCAGAAAAGACUGAGAUUGUAUCAAAUGAUUAUCCUCCUGCCAAUGAUCCAAUGUCACAGGAUAAACUCAAUGGCAAUGCUGAUGUUCUAGUUAAGCUCACAGAGCAGUCAUUGGCCCCAAAGAAAAAACCAAACCGUGCAAAACCUAGGCCAGUGGUGUUAAAAUUAGAUGGAGAUGAGAUAUCCAUCUCAGCCAAGAAGCCCGGGAUAAUGGGUGGUUUACUGUCCAGUGCAGUGUGGGAUGUUCUUUUAGGUAAUGAAGCCGUACCUGCUUCAUCACAAAGUAACCAAUCUGAUAAGCCAUCUAGCAGGAGAGAAGGGAAGCAUUAAAGUACUGAAUUUCCUCACGAAUCAAUGAAUUUUAGUGGUGAGGAGAUGCCUGGUCGGGGAAAUUCCAGCUCAAGAAGAAGCAAACGCCAUAGUCAUGGUAAAGAGAAAAGACACAAAGGUUCAGGGAACAUUGUUGAGAGAAAAGAAGAUGGCGUUCAGAAAGAAAAGAAUAAGGGUAAUCAUAGCCAUGGUAGGCAUAAAGCUCGACAAAAAGCUGAUGAGCCUCUAAAAGUGGUUAUGCAAACAAUGGAAGUAACUGAUUUUCUUUUGUAGCAUUAAUUUUUGAAUCCAAUGUAUUCAUCAACUGCUGCACAGAACCUUGUCAAUAUUGUGCCCUGUCCUUUAACACUUCCGAGUUUUUAAGGUUAGUGUUGCUGCAGAUUUAUACAUUUUUUUUCCUUUUUUCGGUUGGGCAUGUGAUUGUCUUGAAGUUUUACUUCUGGGAUUGUUUUUACAUCUCAUAUUUUGUAACUUUCAUUUAUCAAGUGAAAAAUUUCAAUAUUUGAGAUUUUGAUUUGCUCUAUUGACUGAUGUUAAGAUAGAUAUGAUCCCCAUAUAUUCUGUGGUUAUAUCUUUGCUUUGAUGAGGAAUAACAAAUUUUGGGUUA